UUUCAGAUUGUUGUGUCCCUUUUCUCCCUCAGCUGACUUAGACGCAUCCAAGGAUAAUUGGGACUCAGAACCUGAGCAUCUCAGGUGGACAGCUGACCCAUCUCCCCCAGGACCGGCGGCGCUUCCGCUUCCGGUGGGGCCGUCCCUAGCGGCGGAGAUGUCGGCUACUGCGGCGGAGGCCGCGGCCUCGGGCUCUGGAGAACCCCGGGGAGAGGCUGAAACCCCCAGCCCCGCCUGGGAUGAGUCCCAACUGCGUAGUUAUACCUUCCCGACCCGGCCUAUCCCGCGUCUGAGUCAGAGCGACCCGCGGGCGGAGGAGCUUAUCGAGAAUGAGGAGCCUGUGGUGCUGACCGACACAAAUCUUGUGUAUCCUGCCCUAAAAUGGGACCUUGAAUACCUGCAAGAAAAUAUUGGCAACGGAGAUUUCUCUGUGUACAGUGCCAGCACCCACAAGUUCUUGUACUAUGAUGAGAAAAAGAUGGCUAAUUUCCAGAACUUUAAGCCGAGAUCCAACAGGGAAGAAAUGAAAUUUCAUGAGUUUGUUGAGAAGCUGCAGGAUAUACAGCAGCGAGGAGGUGAAGAGAGGUUGUAUCUGCAGCAAACACUCAAUGACACUGUGGGCAGGAAGAUUGUCAUGGACUUCUUGGGUUUUAACUGGAACUGGAUUAAUAAGCAACAGGGAAAGCGUGGCUGGGGGCAGCUGACCUCUAACCUGCUGCUUAUUGGCAUGGAAGGAAAUGUGACACCUGCUCACUAUGAUGAGCAGCAGAACUUCUUUGCUCAGAUAAAAGGCUACAAGCGAUGCAUUUUGUUCCCUCCGGAUCAAUUUGAGUGCCUCUAUCCAUAUCCUGUUCAUCAUCCAUGUGACAGACAGAGCCAGGUGGACUUUGACAAUCCUGACUACGAGAGGUUCCCCAAUUUCCAGAACGUGGUUGGUUACGAAACAGUGGUUGGCCCUGGUGAUGUUCUUUACAUCCCAAUGUACUGGUGGCAUCACAUAGAGUCAUUACUAAAUGGGGGGAUUACCAUCACUGUGAACUUCUGGUAUAAGGGGGCCCCCACCCCUAAGAGAAUUGAAUAUCCUCUCAAAGCCCAUCAGAAAGUGGCCAUAAUGAGAAACAUUGAGAAGAUGCUUGGAGAGGCCUUGGGGAACCCACAAGAGGUGGGGCCCUUGUUGAACACAAUGAUCAAGGGCCGAUACAACUAGCCUGCCAGGAGUCGAGGCCUCCUGCCAGGUGACUGCUAGCCCGUCCACACCGCUUCAUUGAUGAGGACAGGAGACUCCAAGCGCUAGUAUUGCACGCUGCACUUAAUGGACUGGACUCUUGCCAUGGCCCUGGAGGCAGGUGUUCGGGGCAAGGCAGGGUGGUUGGCACUCCACUCCCAUUCGGAGGGACUUCUUACCCUUGCCUCUGUGCCCCAGCACCUUCCCUCUCUGCCCCCUAAAGUCCUGUAUUCAGUGUGUGGAGUCCCCA